CAGAUGGGCAAAGCACCGGGUUUAAACCCGGUGCUUUGGUAAAAACCCAAUAAACACCCAUAAACUCCCAUAAUCACCCAAAAAAAUAGGUUUUUACGUAUUUUUUUGAAAAUAUGUAAGUAAUACCAAUAAAUUAUUUUUAUAAAUUGUAUUGAUCAAUUCUACAAUAUUAAAUAAAACGUUAACUAAUAAUAUUUCAGGAAAUUUUAAAAAUCUAUAUAUAAUAAAAUGAAAGUAAUUAAUUUUCAGUGUUUUCAUGUUGCAGUUGAUCAACAUGUUGGCCUUUUGCUUCCCGUAGAUACUUUAAAAUUUCUUCAUAACACCUCGUUCGCACACAUGGCCGUAUAUAUUUAAAUUCUUGAGCCACUAACAGUCCGAAAUACUCAUUUCUUUUAUCCUCUUCUCCAUAAAUUAAGCAUUUAGAACAGUUUGUUUCUUCUUUCAGUAAAUUUUCUUUUACUUUAUCCUCGUUUUUUUUCUUUGUUGCGACGACGCUGGGUAAAUCAUCUGGACACUGGGUCUCACUAUCGCCAAAUAUAUUUGGAGAUCGGCUUCGGCUACGGCUUGGCAGACAUUUUUUUCUUUCUACAAUUUUAAAUUAAAUUUAUUAGAAUAAAUGCUUCGAACACACGCGAUCUAAGUACCUUUUGUGUUUAUUAUACCUUACCUACCUAGGUAUAAAAAGAGUACUUACGUAGAUUUUCUUUUAUUAACUGUUUUAUACGAAGAUCUUGAUCUCUCAAAUUAGCAUCCAUUUUACUUCCAGUGAUUAUCAACUAAAUUAAUAAUCCACAAAGUAUUAAAUAACGUUUUUAUGAAAUAUUUAGCACAAAAACAAUACCCUUUAAAUAUCGAUCGUCAGUAACUGUGGCUGACUUACCUAUAUUCUAGCAAGCAGGACUGCCAGAUGUGAAGGGGAAAUCCCCAAUAAAUUGUUGCAUGUGACUGAUGAUGUGAGCAUGUUCGUUUCAUAAUAAAAAUGUUGCCAGGUAACCAAAAAGUCGUAUGUUUUUGUGCGAAUUACGAUCAUAAUCUUUACGAUCGUACAUUAAAAAAUAGACAAAUAAUAGUAUGAGUACGAUUUAAAUCGUAUAUCUGUCAACCCUGCUAGCAAGACAGCGACAAAAUCACGUUGCAUAACAAUGUAGCCCAAGCUUAUAUCUUAUGAAAUAUACGGAAGAGAUACGGACUUAGAAAAAACAGAAAUGUUGUUCUUUGUGGAAGUCAUUGAUGAAAUUCUAUGUAUUUUAGCCCGCAAACUUUCUUCAAACAAAAACAGCGCCAUCUAGUAUCGAGUUCUGUAAUUAUCUCUUUGUUUAUGGAUUUGAAGUAAGACCGCCACGCAUGCAAUACAUUAUGACUGGGGAUUCCCCUAUUCGUCGACGCUGAAUAUGAGGCGACGACAAUCACUGUCAAACGUGUUCACUAUUACUCUGACUCUGGUAACGUGACUUCCUGGUAACGUGUUAGGUAGGAAAAGCAGUAAAAAAGUGCAUAUUAAGGGAGCAGAUUUGAAAUAAUAUUUAUACUUAACAAGAAAUAAUUAAAGGUUCAAUGGGGAGACCUAAAGAUUUACGCAUAUGGGAGCACUACCGUACUUUACCAAACAAGUCUGUUUCUUGCAAGCUUUGUAAUAAGGUCUACAAAUUCAGUAAUGCUGCCAAAAUGCUUCAACAUCUUAUCACUUGUCCAAAAUCUCCAGAAACAUUAAAAGACUCUAUGAAACUUAUAAAAGAUAGCUCGUCCAAAACCAAAAUGUCUGGACUGUCAGAGAUAGAGACAAAUGAUUCUUUUAUAAGCCCCUCGUCGUCUGCUAACACUACAAUAAAUGCUGAGUUUCAAGACACCGAUGAUCAUAUAAAAACAGAAUUAGCGAGAGCUAUAUUUGUAACAGGGACGCCAUUAUCGAUGGUGCAACAUCCUUUAUGGAUACAAUUUUUCGAAAAAUUGCAACCAAAAUUUAAAAUACCUUCACGUAAAGCUUUAGCGACAAAAUACUUAGAUAAAAUAUAUAGAGAAAUGCGUUUUGAGUUAAAUGAGGAACUAAAUGCUUGUAGUUACUUACACCUUCAGUGCGAUGGCUGGUCUAAUUUAAGAAAUGAAGGAAUAAUAAACUUUCUUAUAUCAAAACCUCAACCUGCAUACGUUAAAAGUUUGAAUACAGAAAGUAAUCCUCACACUAGUGAAUACCUUAGCCAAGAAGUUGAAAAAGUAAUGAAAGUGUAUGGAGCAAAUAAGUUUCUUGUACUUAUUGGCGAUAACGCUAGAAAUAUACAAAAGGCAUUCGAAUUAACAAAACUCAAAUAUCCACAUGUUGUUCCUCUCGGUUGCUGUGCACAUAUCCUUAACUUGUUGUGCCAAGAUAUUGUAAAGAUACAAGAAGUAACUGUGUUUAUUAUGCAAGCCAUAAAUAUAAUAAAAACUGUUAAAAGGAGUCAACGAUUAAGUUCCUUGUUGAUAAAAUCAAGGCAGGGUGAAGAUUCUACACAAACACUAAAAUUGCCUUGUGCUACAAGAUGGGGAAGUCAUGUUACUUCGUUAAAAAGUUUGAAAGCAAAUAAGAUAGCUUUGCAAAUAUUAACAGUUAGAGAAGAUGUGGUAAUUUCAAGAGAUAUUAAAGAUUUAAUUCUAAGUGAUGAUUUCUGGACGAAGACAGGGGAAUGUAUAAGUAUUUUGGAACCAGUCACUGAAAGCAUAUUUUACUUAGAGAGCGACCAGAAUCGUUUGCAUCGCACAUACAUUACAUUUAGAGAUGUACAAGCUAAGAUACGUUUUGCAUUAAAUGAGAUUUCGACAUUGAGCGAAGAAAGCAAACAGCAGAUUCUAACAUCAGUAUCUUCAAGAUGCAAUAUGGCAAUGAGGCCAAUACAUUUUGCAGCAUAUAUUCUAGACCCCAGGACUCUAGGAGUCGAACUUACUCAAGAGGAAGAACUUAAGGGUAUGGAGUUUAUCUACAAUUUAAGCCAACACUUAAGUUUGUCAAAUGUAAUGGCAGAUUUGGCGUGUUAUAAAGCUAAAGAAAACUUUUGGGCCAGAGGAUUUGUAUGGAGCUCAUUAGAUAGCAUUGAGCCCCUAAUAUGGUGGAAAGGUAUUUGUGGUUCCACUGAGUUAAGCAAAGUAGCGAUUCGUAUUCUAUCAGCUCCCUGUACUUCGGCAGCCACUGAGCGUUCCUUUAGUAUCCAAGGCUACAUACAUAAUAACAAAAGAAAUCGACUUACAACUGAAAGAACUGAAAAAAUUUCAUUCAUUUGUUAUAACUGGAAUCUUAAACAUAAAGCUGAAUGCGAGGACAUUCAGUUUAAUGAAGAAAAUACCUUAGAAGCUUUCAUUGAGCAAGUAAAUGAACAUAACAGUUUAGACGAAAUAGAGCCUAUCGAACCUAUACAAUUCAUCGCUUGUAAUAACUCUGAAUCUGACAGUGAUUGACUGUAGUUUUACAUUUUACUUUCAUCUCUUUCUUAAUAAACUCAAAAUCAAAUUAAAAGUUUUUUAUUCUGUAGGCUGCAUAAUAAUAUUGUCUAUGUCCAGUAUAGUGGACGUCUUGCGGCUGAGAUGACGAUGAUGAAGUACAAAAUCAUAAACACCCAAAAAUUUGGGUGUUUAUGGGGUUUAAACCCAAUAAACCCAAAACACCCGGUUUUUACCCACCAGACUUUAAACCCACCCAGGUGGAUUGCCCA